GGACAAGUGCAGAAAGACAUAAACGCCCUCGGUACUUCAGUCUGGUCAGCACCAAUAUAUAAACGCGCAUGCGCUCUGCGCCUGAUAACUAGUUCCCAGGCUUGAAGAUGAAGACUGUUUUGAAGAUGGCUGAAGAAAAACGAUGAAUAUCUUACCAAAGAAAAGCUGGCAUGUUCGUAACAAGGAUAACGUUGAACGUGUUAGAAGGGAUGAAGAAAAUGCAAGAUUAGAAGAGGAAAAGAAAGCAAAAAGGGCCGCUCUUGCUGAACAAGAAGCAAGAACUGCAUCCUUACGUGCUAAAUCUCGCAGUGGUGCUGGCAACCAAAAAGAAGAUGGUUCCACAGCACUUGUGAAAGCUAGCAGUGAAAAGCCCAGGCAUUUGAACUUUUUUCAGGACAUCGAGGAUGGGCUGAAGCAGGGUUCUAAUGCUGAGUAUGAGGCUGAGCGUGAGGCCGAGCAGGAAAAGCAGGAGAAAGCCAUUGGCCUCUUGACAUAUCUUGGACAAAGUGCCUCUGAAAAGCAUUCAGAGAGACCAUGGUACCUUAAAUCUGGCUCCAAAUCCACCAGUCAACCCAAAAGUGAUGAAGAUCAUGAUCUGAGAGAUGCCAAACGUAAAGAUGCAAUGGACCCUUUGAAAAGCAUGACCAAAUACCUGGAGGCCAGGAAGGAGAAGGGCAAGGAGGGCAAAGAAAGACAGGAAAAGCACCAUCACAAACACAGCAAAAAGGACAAGUCAAGCACAGAAAAAUCCAAAAAGAGCCUAGAACAGCUGAGAGCUGAGAGACUAAAGCGUGAGAGAGCUGAGCGCGCAAGGGGACUGGAGCUACUCUCCUCGUCAAGGGGAGAGUCAAAGAAGGCAGAGCCAGCUAUAGAAGAUAAUCCAUACAGGUACAACUCACAGUUCAAUCCAGACUUAGUUCGCAAGCCAAGAAACCACCCUAGAUACAGCCCAUAUUAGAAAAUACAUGUUAUUUAGCAUCUUGAAUAGUUGUAUAUAAUGUACACAUAGGUGGAAAGAAUUAAAUACAAAAACUUCAUCACA